AUGGCAACAGCAGUGACGCACGAGAGCGGUGUGAAGCCGUUUUUCAGGCAGAAAAUACAAGAUUAUGAAAUUCAGAUUGCCGCAAAGACACAGAAUUUAAGAAGACUCGAAGCACAGAGAAAUACGCUCAACUCCAAGGUGAGAUCUCUAAAAGAUGAGCUUCGUUUGUUACAGGAGCCUGGCUCAUAUGUUGGAGAAGUUGUUAAAGUUAUGGGAAAGAAGAAAGUGUUAGUGAAAGUGCAUCCUGAAGGUAAAUAUGUGGUCAAUGUUGCCGACAGUAUUGAUAUCAAGGAUGUCAUGGCAGGUUUAAGAGUUUGCCUAAGAAGUGACACUUAUGAACUACAUAAAAUUCUUCCUAAUAAAGUUGAUCCAUUAAUUUCCCUUAUGAUGGUGGAGAAAGUUCCGGAUUCUACAUAUGAUAUGAUUGGCGGUCUUGAUAAGCAAAUCAAGGAAAUCAAGGAGGUUAUUGAGCUACCUGUGAAACAUCCAGAGUUAUUUGAAAGUUUGGGAAUAGCACAACCAAAAGGUGUUAUAUUGUAUGGUCCUCCAGGAACGGGUAAAACUCUUUUGGCAAGGGCUGUUGCUCAUCACACUGAUUGCAAGUUCAUUCGUGUUUCAGGAUCUGAAUUGGUGCAGAAGUAUAUUGGUGAGGGUUCCAGAAUGGUUCGGGAGUUGUUCGUUAUGGCUAGGGAGCAUGCACCAUCUAUUAUAUUCAUGGAUGAAAUCGAUUCCAUUGGAUCCUCAAGAGUUGAAUCAUCUUCAGGGGGUGGAGAUUCAGAAGUUCAGAGAACCAUGCUUGAAUUGUUGAACCAGUUGGAUGGUUUCGAAUCUUCAAAGGAUAUUAAAAUCAUCAUGGCAACAAAUAGGUUGGAUAUAUUGGAUCCUGCUUUACUCAGACCGGGAAGAAUUGACAGGAAGAUUGAGUUCCCUCCACCAUCUGUUGCAGCAAGGACAGAUAUUUUGAAAAUACACUCACGGAAAAUGAAUCUUACUAGGGGAAUCGACUUGAAGAAAAUUGCGGAAAAAAUGAAUGGAUGUACAGGUGCCGAAAUUAAAGGUGUUUGUACUGAAGCUGGUAUGUAUGCUCUUAGAGAAAGGCGUAUUCACGUUACACAAGAAGACUUCGAACUUGCAGUUGCCAAGGUGAUGAAUAAGAAUGAGGAGGGAGGUGUUUCGGUGCAGAAAUUGUACAAGUGA